AAAUAUAUCUUUCGUCUCUUUUCCGUCCGAAAAUCCAAAUACCUCCGUCGAGGAAUACUGCACGCUUCAGCACUGCGAUCGCCGCCCGUACGCCGUUUUGCUCCGAUCGCCACCGAUCUGUCUCCUUCCGAAUCUGCUCCACCGCUCUCUUCGAUCGCCCGGCCGCUCUGGAAGCUGCAUCUGCACUAUCUCUUUCCGGCCGCCCUCGCCGCCAAUCGUCCGCGAGCACGGUGCUCCUUGCGGCGUUAAAGGCUACUGUGCCCUCCGAUCUCGACUUUCUGUUGCAUUUCCUGCCUCCUCCUUGAUCUACACGGUGCUCAACUGCCGCUCUCGCCGUUUCUGUAAUCAUCGGGUGCUGCCGGCCCCCCCAAACUUUAAAGUCGCACUGGAAAAACCGAUCUAAAGAGACAUCCUAAGGGGAAUCCAAAACUAUACUAGGGAUCUCCAAUGGAAGCACUUCAAAGUGUAAGAUUAUAUGCAGUGUGGCUGCAAGUUGCCUAUGUAGGUGAUAAACUGGAGGCAAAUGAUAUCCAACACUGCAGCAGUAUGUCAUACAUUGUCUGCCAAAACUACAUAUAGAAGAUUUCUGGUUCUCCUUAAAGGGAAAACAUGCGGCUUUCUUUGUCUCUUCAAGAUCUGAAAUCAUUCUCUAAACUAUAUUCCAGGGAGCAUAGUGACCUUGAAAGUAAUAGAAAUUUAGGACGUGCAAAACCUCUUCAUGCUUUUCAGACGGAUGGUGUUGGAGCAAGCUUUUCGAAGGAGAAGUCUUCUCCAACAACUCCAACUAAAUGCAAAAAAUGGAUAAAGGCAAUCGCCUGGAUUCUUGCACUUUUACUAUUGUUCUCAUUGAUCUUUCUAGGUUCACGAUUCUUCUAUCCUUAUUUGUCACAUGAAUCAUCCGAUUAUUAUGUUAUACUUGAUUGUGGGAGUACUGGUACACGGGUUUAUGUCUACAAGUGGUAUUUUGACCAAAAGAAAGGAAAUUUGCCUAUUGCAUUGAGAUCAUUGCCUGAAGGCCCUCAAAGGAAUACUAGGACACAAAGCGGCCGUGCUUAUCAGCGUAUGGAAACAGAACCUGGUUUUGACAAACUAGUUCACAAUGAAUCUGGCUUAAGAGCUGCUUUGCUGCCACUUCUACAGUGGGCUGAGAAACAAAUACCACAACAUGCUCACAAAGAUACAUCUCUUUUUUUGUAUGCUACAGCUGGAGUUCGUAGAUUACCUAGCUCUGAUUCAGAGUGGCUUCUUGACCAUGCAUGGACAAUUUUGAAGAAUUCAUCAUUUUUUUGCAGAAGAGACUGGGUUAAGAUUAUAUCUGGUAUGGAAGAAGCAUAUUAUGGGUGGAUAGCUCUCAACCAUCGUAUGGGUCUAUUGGGUUCUUUUCCAUCCGGAAAAACAUAUGGUUCACUUGAUCUAGGUGGUUCAUCCUUGCAAGUUACUUUUGAGAUGGAGACACCCACACAUGAUGAAACAAGUGUAAGUUUGGGAAUUGCUUCUGCCAAUCAUCAUCUCAGUGCAUAUUCUCUGGCAGGUUAUGGGUUGAAUGAUGCAUUUGACAAGUCCGUGGCUCAUCUUUUCAAAAAACAUGUGAAUUCAAAACCUAAUUCUAAUGGUAAGUUCCUCCUUAAACAUCCUUGCUUGAAUACUGGCUAUAGGGAGGAGUACACAUGUUCUCGCUGUAUGUCUGUUAACACAGAAGGAAGUCCUUUGGUUGGGGGGAAAAUCACAAGUAAGAAGAAGAUUGGCACAGUUGUAGAACUGCUUGGUGCUCCUCAAUGGAAAAAAUGUACUGCUCUUGCCAAGUUAACAGUUAAUCAGUCUGCAUGGUCUAAUUUGAGUUCUGGAAUUGAUUGUAAACUUAAGCCCUGUGCUCUCACUGAUGGUCUACCACAGCCACGUGGAAAUUUCAAUGCCAUGUCAGGUUUCUUUGUUGUUUUUCGCUUCUUUAACUUGACUUCUAAGGCUUCUCUUGAUGAUGUAUUGAAAAUGGGCCAAGAAUUUUGUGGGAAAUCAUGGGAACUUGCAAAAAACAGUGUUGCACCCCAACCUUUUAUAGAACAAUAUUGCUUUAGAGCUCCUUACGUUACAUCCCUUUUGAGAGAUGGUUUGCAUAUUAAGGAUAAGCAGGUGGUUAUCGGUGCUGGAAGUAUUACUUGGACUCUAGGGGUUGCCUUGCUAGAGGCUGGGCAAGAAUUGUCAAAGAGGGUUGAAUUGCAAGGCUACAAACUACUGCAAAGUGACAUGCAACCAGUUAUUCUUGUCGUAAUGAUUUUGAUCUCAAUUAUACUUCUUUGUUGUGCACUAUCAUGUGUAAGUAAUUGGCUGCCUCAAUUUUUCCGAAGAUUAUACAUCUUACUUCUCCGGCAUAAAUAUGGAACACACUCUGUUCUCAAUUUCCCUUCUCCUUUCAGAUUAAGGUGGAGUCCAGUUAUAUCAGGUGAUGGAAGAGUAAAAGAACCACUUAGUCCUACAACUGGAGGUUCGAAUCAGCAUCCAUUUGGCAUGGGACAUGGCUUGGGGGGCAGCAACACUCAGCUCAGUCAAGCUUCUGUGCUUCCUUUGGUUGCUACCCAUAAUUACUCAUCUGGUAGUUUAGGCCAAAUGCAAUUUGGAAAUGGACUUGGAUCUUUCUGGUCGCCUCACCGUGGUCAGGCAACACUUCAGAGCCGGCGAUCUCAGUCAAGAGAAGACCUUAACUCUUCAUUAGCAGAUUCCCACAUAGUGAAGAUAUGAUGACCCAUUACAAGUCUGGUAUAAAGCCCUUAUUUGUUUGCUGCUUUUUGUUUUCUAGAUUGUCAUUCAUCCUGCACAAACUCUUCAGUGAAAUUAGUUUUUCCAAUUAUCUCUGGCACUUGACAACUCACCAAAUAUAGCACGGGCAAUGAGCUUGGUGUUUAACUUAACAUUAUUGAGUCACUUUUGAAACAAGAACCUGAAUGUAACUGAGUGAAUUUCUUUUGAUUUAUUUGUUCCGGCUUUAGCUA